AGAUGGCGACCACCAGACACGUGAAAAUAAAUUCGGGUUGGAAGAACUUUGAAAUUUCACCAGAUUUACUCUCUGAUAGAGCAUUUGAGUCUUUAAUCAGCUGUAAAGUAAUAACAGAUUAUGAAAUAAUUGACCCUAAAAAGAGGAAAAGGAAAAAGACAAAUGAAAACGAGUCGGGCAAAGUCAAGGAAAGCAAAAUUCAAGACAAAGUAGUGAUAAAGAAGACAUCAAGAAAUAAGAAUUCCUCCAAAAGUGGAAAAGAUUGUAAAACAAGCUCUUCCAGUGAAAUUGAUGUUUCCUCAGAACUAUUGAAAUUAGACAACAAAGAACACUCAGUCACAGAAAGCUCAAAAGAAAGAUCAACUACAAAGAAAAAACAAAAAUUGAAAACACACAAAAAGUUAGAUUCUUGGACAGUGACAUCUCAAUCAAUUGAUACAGAAUUAACAAAACAAAAUACUAAUAAGAAAGAGAAACAAAAACUAGAAAAAUCUAAGGAAACUUUAAAAAAUGAGGCAAUAAAAUCAAGUGAAUCCAAGGCAAGUACUGAAGAAAUGAAGACAAAGAAGAAAAAAAGAAAAAGAUCAAAAAAUGAAAAAUCUGUGGAAAGUUACUCAAGUGAAAGAAAAAGAAUGAAGAUGAUGGAAGAUUCUGAUGGAGAUCAAACUGAUGUUGUGGACAAUGAUAAGUUGAUUGAGAAAAUGGCAGCGUGGAAAAAUUUCUUUGUACCCAAAAAGGUGCUUCAAGCUUUGUAUAGAAAUAAAUUCUUCUCUCCUACUCCAAUCCAAGCCAUGACCCUCCCCAGUGCCAUUAGGGACAAAAAAGAUAUAGUAGGAGCAGCUGAAACCGGGAGUGGAAAAACUCUAGCUUUUGGAAUUCCAGUUAUUCACAACAUUCUUGCACACAAAGAAAAAGAGGCUAAAAGUAACACUUCAGUAGGAGAAACCAGUGAUGUUGUCUUUGAUACUGAUGAUGAUGAUGAUGAUGAAGGGAAAGAAAAGGUAAGAGGAUUAGAUGAGGAUGAAGACAAGUCACAUGAUGAUGAUAAAGAGAUAGAAGAGUUAUUUGAGGAUGAGGAUGAUGAUGAAGAAGUAGAAGAGUUAUUUGAGGAUGAGGACAUUUCAGAGGAUGAAGAUGCAGAAGAUGAUGCUGAAAAUAAAGAUUCAGAACAGAUAGAAGAGUUGGGCUGUGUGAAGGUGAUUGAUGAUGCUGACUUCUCUGCACUUGGAUUCCCCAAUACUGGACCAUCUCUGAGAAAGUGCAGUAAGUUCCCUUUGGCUCUAAUUCUACAGCCAACAAGAGAGCUGGCUAUCCAGGUCAAGGAUCACCUACAGGUGGCAGCAGCUUUCACUGAUAUUACAAUUGCCCCAAUUGUUGGUGGAAUGUCAGCUGAGAAACAAAAAAGGAUUUUAAAGAAGUGUCCAGAUAUAUUGGUAGCCACACCUGGAAGGUUAUGGGAACUUAUGGAGCAGGAUCCGUACUUGUCACACAUUGAUGAAGUGGACAGUUUAGUUAUAGAUGAAGCAGACAGAAUGAUAGAGAAGGGUCAUUUUGAAGAACUGACUCAAAUUCUGGCUUUCAUUAACAGAAAUGAGAAGAAGAAACACAAGAGACAGACAUUUGUAUUUUCAGCCACAUUGACCUUGGUGCAUGCAGGUCCUCAACGUUCUGUCCGUAAGAAAAUGACUCUCACGGAGGAAAAGAAACUAGAAACCCUGAUGAGCAAGAUCCAAAUGAGGGAGAAGCCAAAAGUGAUAGACCUUACCAGGAAGAUCGGAACUGUGGAGACACUGACAGAAGCCAGAAUAAACUGUACUCUGGAGGAGAAGGAUCUGUAUCUGUACUACUUUUUGACCCAGUACCCGGGUCGUACACUGAUUUUUGCCAACAGUAAGGACUGUAUUCGACGUCUUGUUUCCAUCCUCACUCUCCUCAAAACAGAUCCUUUACCUCUUCAUGCUGAUAUGCAUCAGAAGCAGAGACUAAAAAACUUGGAGAGAUUUACUGCCAAUGACAAUGCUGUACUGUUGGCAUCUGAUGUUGCUGCCAGAGGUUUGGACAUUCCUAAUGUAGAACAUGUGAUCCACUACCAGGUUCCACAGACAGUAGAGAAUUAUGUCCAUAGAAGUGGAAGAACAGCCCGGGCCAUGAAGGAAGGCCUGAGUGUCAUGCUUAUUUCACCAGAAGAUGUGAAAAAUUACAGGAAGAUUACUCACACCCUAAAUAGAAGUGAAGAUCUUCCAGUAUUUCCUGUGGAAUACCAACUUCUAUCAGCUUUGAAGAAAAGACUGAACUUGGCAAAAAGAAUUGAUGUAGAAGAGCAUCGGUUUAACAAGAAAAAGAGACAGAAUGAAUGGUUUGAGAAGGCAGCUAAGGAGAUGGACAUGUUGAUAGAUGAUGAGGAACUUUUAAGUGACCUUGGAGACUCAUUUGAACAGUCAGGAAGAAAACAGGACUUGAAAAGCAUGAAAACUGAACUGGAUCAGAUGUUAAAACAGAGACUGGCACCUCAGGCAUUCACCGGAAAAUAUCUCACUCAAUCAGGAAAACUAGACAUAUCUGCUGAUGAAGAGAAGAAAGAUGCUCUAAAAGUUGUCAAAAAAGACCGGAAAUUACAGCAUAAACUUCUGGAAUCCAUCCCUAGCAGUCAGAAACGUCAUGUCAAAAAGAAAUCAAAAUGGAAAAAGAAAAAGUAAAUUGAUAUGUUUUAUUUAUCUCAAUACUUGUUCUGUUGUUGAUCAUUUCCCAAACAGAUGCCAAUGAACUGCUAUCCUGGAAAUGAAAAAAAAAAAAAACUUGAUUAUGAGUUUGCAGCAUUUUAAUUCCAACUGUUCUCUGAAAUACUGGGAGUAUUUUGUAUUGGAUAGAAAUUACAGAGAAAUAUCUCCUGACAAAAUGUGUUCACUCGUGAUGAUAAGGCCUGGUGAAACCUUUUUCUGUUAAUAAAUGUUUUACACCUGUGUCUGUCAUAUUUAUGAAUGUGAAAAAAUACCUUAUGUUAUUGUUCUUUACCAAAGGCUUAUAAAUCUUUAUCAAGCAGGUAUGGAUAAAUUGAUAAAAAUGUACGAUUUUCAGGAAAGUUGAAAAACAUUCCUUAAAUCAUUAUCGUUAUUCUGGUAAAAUACAGUCUCUAUUUUUAUUAAUGUCGAAUUUUGUUUUCAUUUGUUUUUAUUUCGCGAUUUAUUUUCUUGCUGUGGCCUUCAAUUCAACAUAAGCUAUAUCUACGACGUUUUAUCAAAUAACAAUAUUCAUUUUAAUGCCUAUGUUGAUUCUAUAAAUCUCUUUGAACUCGAAAUAAAAGAUACCACAGAGUC